AUGGUAGAGGGAGUGUCCAAGGCAUUGUGGGUUAUCGUGGCCACCGUGUUUGUAGCAGCCGCCGCGGUCUUACCAACGGCGCGUGGACAACAAGCGGCAUGUUACUUCGUGUUCGGAGACUCUGUCUUCGACAACGGCAACAACAAUGUCUUGAACACCGUGGCAAAGGUCAACUAUCCACCUUACGGUAUAGAUUAUCCCCUAGGUCCAACCGGUCGGUUUUGCAACGGUCGCAAUAUUCCAGACGUUAUCGCCGAAUUAGCGGGUUUCAGUGAUACCAUUCCACCGUAUGCCGGAGCAUCAGCAACACAAGCUAACAUCGGACUAAACUAUGCUUCCGGUGGCGGCGGGAUCCGGGAAGAUACCAGCCAAAAUUUGGGCGAAAGAAUCAGUUUGAGAAGGCAAAUAAACAACCACCUGUCGGCGAUCACAACCGCGGCGGUGCCACGGAGUAAGCUACGGGGAUGUCUAUACACAAUCAGCAUCGGAAGCAACGAUUACCUCAACAACUACUUCUUGCAACCUCCUACCGCAGCUCGUCUUGCAUAUACUCCGGACCAGUUUGCUAAGUCUCUCAUACUCCGCUACCGUAUUUAUAUGACGGAAUUGCACGUACUAGGAGCGAGGAAUGUGGCUUUGUUCGGACUCGGUAAGAUUGGGUGUACGCCAAGAGUUGUUGCUAGCCUUGGUGGUGGUGUUGGCUGCGCAGAAGAAGUGAACCAAGCCGUAGCUAUCUUCAACACUAACCUCAAAGCCCUAGUCGCAGAUUUAAACAACCAACUUCCUGGGGCUAAGUUCACUUUUGUUGACCUAUUCUCUGGAAAUGCUCAAGAUUUCGCCGCUUUUGGGAUUACGGUUGGUGAUAGGGCUUGCUGUACGGUAAACCCGGGUGAAGAGCUUUGUGCAGCGAACCAACCGGUCUGUCCUGACCGAACCAAAUACAUAUUUUGGGAUAACGUGCAUACUACGGAAAUAAUUAAUGCAGUGGUAGCUAACGCAGCGUUUAACGGAGCCAUAACUUCUCCGUACAGCAUAUCUCAGCUAGUGAAUUAG